GCUGGCGGUCUCCGCAGCGGGAGGAGGAAGAGGAGGAAGGAUCCAGGGUGUCUGCGGAGCGCGGGGGGCUGAGGACCACCCGCCUCCCUCUGCGCGGGCGCCUUUGUGUCCCCCAGCCCCGGCGGAGCGAGGGGCCGCGGGCAGGGGAGCGGAUGCGAAGAGCGGCUGGUGCUGGAGGGGAGAGAGAGAGAAAGGGGGAUGGUGGAAGAUUUCUCUCCUUUUUUAUUUUUUUUUUUUUUGGUGGUCUCUUCGGCAGCGGCUGUUCUUCCCAAGCAGCAGCAGCAGCGGCGGCGGCGGCAGCAGCGGCAGCAGCAGCACAGGCAAUGACUCUGCCGCAUCCGAAUCGCCUGGCCGGUGGCGCCGGCUCCGGAGACAUCACCUUGCUCUGAAGUUGCCCACCUGGAGGAGGUAAAUCGGAGCGGGGCUUUCGUCCAGAGGGGUCGGCGACGGCGGGGAAGAGGAGGGAGUGAUUGCCUCCCCCAUCCUCACACACUCGUCCUCCGGGAGGAAGCUUGUGUAGCAGAAGAACACGGCAAAAAAGGAAAGACUUUUACUUCUUUCUAUUUUUUUUUUUUUUUUUAAUUUUUCCUUGCUUGAGAGGGACGUCCGUGCUUCUCGUCCGGCCCCCUUUUCCUGCUGGCUGGGGGCUUUGGUACUGUGGCCAGGUCUGCUUCCUACUCCCACCUCUGGUUUUAAUGGCUGGAUUGUGGCAGCAGCUCCCUGCUGCAGGUUGUUGAGGAUCUGAUGGGGACUCGCAUCUCAGGAGCCGGAGGUGACUAAAGAAAUGUUGAAUACAGUACUCUGCAAAAAAUAACGUGCGGAUUUCUCGAACCUGAAGAACAAGAAAAGGUCUCAGACUCUGGAUACUGGCUGUGGGAUUUUUUUUUUUUUUUUUUUUUUGUUUGGUUUUUUUCCCCCUUUUUGGAUGUGAAUUGAAGGCCAACAACAGUUGAAGUGUUUGGAAGCAAGUGCAGGAGGACACUCAUCUUUUUAUUUGAACCCUUGUUUGCUGGGAUACUUUCAAGCUCUCCUUCACAGUCAUGUGGUCAUCACAGCUGCUGUUCUUCACAAUGCUCUUAACACCGUUUGCCCAUGCCUGGAUUUCUUUUAAAACAGCUUUCAGCCGUGCCCCGGUGCCCAUGGCUGUGGUCCGAAGGGAGCUGUCCUGCGAGAGUUACCCCAUCGAGCUGCGCUGCCCGGGAACAGAUGUGAUCAUGAUCGAAAGUGCCAACUAUGGCAGGACCGACGAUAAAAUCUGCGACUCUGAUCCUGCUCAGAUGGAGAAUAUCCGCUGUUAUCUGCCAGAUGCCUAUAAGAUUAUGACUCAAAGGUGCAGUAAUCGGACCCAGUGUGCGGUUGUUGCUGGCCCCGAUGUGUUCCCAGACCCGUGCCCCGGGACCUACAAGUACCUGGAAGUGCAGUAUGAGUGUGUCCCUUACAUUUUUCUUUGCCCUGGACUGCUGAAGGGAGUUUACCAGAGCGAACACUUAUUCGAGUCUGACCACCAGUCGGGCGCCUGGUGCAAGGACCCUCUGCAGGCCUCUGACAAGAUCUACUACAUGCCCUGGACGCCGUACCGGACGGACACGCUGACGGAAUACUCCUCCAAGGACGACUUCAUUGCCGGCAGGCCGACCACCACCUACAAGCUCCCGCACCGGGUGGACGGCACGGGGUUCGUGGUGUACGACGGGGCUCUGUUCUUCAACAAGGAGCGGACCAGGAACAUUGUCAAGUUCGACCUGCGGACCCGGAUAAAGAGCGGGGAGGCGAUCAUCGCCAAUGCCAACUACCACGACACCUCUCCCUACCGCUGGGGGGGCAAGUCCGACAUCGACCUGGCCGUGGACGAGAAUGGGCUCUGGGUAAUCUAUGCAACAGAACAGAAUAAUGGCAAAAUUGUCAUUAGCCAGUUGAACCCUUACACGUUAAGGAUCGAAGGGACAUGGGAUACUGCCUAUGACAAGAGGUCAGCUUCCAAUGCCUUUAUGAUCUGUGGGAUUUUAUAUGUGGUGAAGUCUGUGUAUGAAGAUGAUGACAAUGAAGCCACAGGGAAUAAAAUAGACUACAUAUAUAACACUGACCAAAGCAAGGAUAGCAUGGUGGAUGUGCCCUUUCCAAACUCCUACCAGUACAUUGCUGCUGUGGAUUAUAAUCCCCGGGACAACCUCCUCUAUGUAUGGAACAACUAUCACGUUGUAAAAUACUCCUUGGAUUUUGGCCCGCUGGACAGCAGAGCAGGGCAGGCUCACCAUGGGCAGGUUUCCUACAUUGCCCCACCGAUCCACCUGGAUUCGGAUCUGGAGAGACCGCCAUCCAAGGGAGUAUCCACCUCGGGGGCUCUGGGCCCAGGGAGCACCACCGCCAGCACCACGCCACGCAUGGCCACCAGCACCACAGGCCGCACCACCACCACGUCGGCCUCGGGCAGGAGGAACAGGAGCACCAGCACGCCGUCCCCCAUGGCCGAUGUCCCUGAUGAAAUGACCACACACCUGCCACCUGCCUCCUCCCAGCUGCCUCCAGCCGGGGCGGAGAGCUGCGACCCCAUGGAGGCCCGCGACAUCAUGUGGUCCCGCACUCGGCAGGGCCAGCUGGCCAAGCAGCCCUGUCCCUUGGGCUCCAUAGGUGUUGCAACUUUCCGGUGUCUCGCGCCUGAUGGUAUCUGGGAACCCCAAGGACCUGAUCUUAGCAACUGCUCUUCACCCUGGAUCAACCACAUCACUCAAAAGAUGCGGUCGGGGGAGAUGGCCGCCAACAUCGCGCGGGAGCUGGCGGAGCACACCAGGAACCACCUGUACGCCGGGGACAUCGCCUACUCCGUGUCUGCCAUGGUGCAGCUCGUCAACCUGCUGGACGUGCAGCUCCGCAACCUGACUCCCGGCGGGAAGGACAGCGCCGCGCGCAGCCUCAACAAGCUUCAGAAAAGGGAGCGCUCUUGCAGGGCCUAUGUCCAGGCCAUGGUGGAGACGGUGAACAACCUCCUGCAGCCUCAGGCUCUGAAUGCGUGGAGGGACCUGAACGCGAGCGAGCAGCAGCGCGCGGCCACCAAGCUGCUGGACACGGUGGAGGACAGCGCCUUCGUGCUGGCUGACAACCUGCUGAAGACAGACAUCGUCCGGGAGAACACUGACAACAUCCAGCUGGAAGUUGCGAGACUGAGCACAGAUGGGAAUCUGGAGGAUCUGAAGUUUCCCCAGAACAUGGGCCAUGGAAGCGCCAUUCAGCUGUCAGCAAAUACCUUGAAGCAAAAUGGUCGAAAUGGUGAGAUCAGGGUGGCUUUUGUGCUGUACAACAACCUGGGCACCUAUCUCUCCACGGAGAAUGCCAGCAUGAAGUUGGGAACAGAAGCAAUGUCGACCAAUCACUCCGUCAUUGUCAACUCCCCUGUCAUCACAGCAGCAAUAAAUAAGGAGUUCAGCAAUAAGGUUUACCUGGCUGAUCCUGUGGUGUUUACUGUCAAGCACAUCAAGCAGUCAGAAGAAAAUUUUAACCCAAACUGUUCAUUCUGGAGCUACACAAAGCGUACAAUGACAGGGUAUUGGUCCACCCAGGGCUGUCGCCUCCUGACAACUAACAAGACACACACCACGUGCUCCUGCAACCACCUCACCAACUUUGCAGUCCUGAUGGCACAUGUGGAAGUUAAGCACAGCGAUGCAGUCCACGACCUGCUCCUGGACUUCAUCACAUGGGUUGGCAUCCUGCUUUCCCUGGUCUGCCUCCUGAUCUGCAUCUUCACCUUCUGCUUCUUCCGUGGGCUGCAGAGCGACCGCAACACGAUUCACAAGAACUUGUGCAUCAGCCUCUUCGUGGCUGAGCUCCUCUUCCUCAUCGGCAUCAACCGGACUGACCAGCCGAUUGCCUGUGCUGUCUUCGCUGCCCUCCUGCACUUCUUCUUCCUGGCAGCUUUCACCUGGAUGUUCCUGGAGGGUGUGCAGCUGUACAUCAUGCUGGUGGAGGUGUUUGAGAGCGAGCACUCCCGGAGGAAGUAUUUCUACUUGGUGGGGUACGGCAUGCCUGCGCUGAUUGUGGCCGUGUCGGCAGCAGUGGACUACCGGAGCUACGGCACAGACAAAGUAUGUUGGCUCCGACUUGACACCUACUUCAUUUGGAGCUUUAUAGGACCAGCGACCUUGAUAAUUAUGCUUAAUGUCAUCUUCCUUGGGAUUGCGCUCUAUAAAAUGUUUCAUCAUACUGCCAUACUGAAACCUGAAUCUGGAUGUCUUGACAAUAUCAACUAUGAGGAUAACAGACCCUUCAUCAAGUCCUGGGUUAUAGGUGCAAUAGCCCUACUCUGCCUAUUAGGACUGACCUGGGCAUUCGGACUCAUGUAUAUUAAUGAAAGCACAGUCAUCAUGGCGUAUCUCUUCACCAUAUUCAAUUCUCUGCAGGGAAUGUUUAUAUUCAUUUUCCAUUGUGUCCUCCAGAAAAAGGUCCGUAAGGAGUACGGGAAAUGCCUGCGCACACAUUGCUGUAGUGGGAAAAGUACAGACAGCUCCAUCGGCUCAGGAAAAACCUCGGGGUCAAGGACGCCUGGAAGAUAUUCCACAGGCUCACAGAGCCGGAUUCGUAGGAUGUGGAAUGACACAGUUCGAAAGCAGUCCGAGUCUUCCUUUAUUACUGGAGAUAUAAACAGUUCAGCUUCACUCAACAGAGAAGGCGUCAGGACGCCCAAGCAGGAGCCGGUCUUCAGGCGAGUCACCAUGGAGGACAGUGUCAUCUAGCACCUGGGGACCCUGAGCCUGCCCCGGCCAGCCCGUGCCAGUGCACCACCUCAGCUCCUCUGUGCCUCAGCCCCCUGUCCCUCACUUGGGAUCGUGCUACAGGAGAGGCCAGAGAAGCUGGCCUCGACCAAACCCUCGCAUCCCCAUGGAGAGAGCAGCCAGCUGAGAUUCCCACUGCAUGGCAGCAUCCUGGGAUGGGCCCUCGGUGUUUGGCCGCUCGUCUCUUUUUUGAAGAUGAACAGAGCAGGUGAAAAUUGUCUUUUGUAAUAAGAAAUUAGUUUCAGCUGCUCAGAACAUUGACUUUGGGACUUGAUAACACUUUAAAAAUGGCCGAGUGUGCUUGAUCCACCAUCCUGAGCCUCUCUCCAUGCCCUCAGGCUGGGCUGUAAAAAGGGGAACCUGCCGGAUCCAGGUUGCUGUUGUAAAUACAGACCUGUCAGUGCGAAGAGCCAACCAGGGAAGGACCAGAGGGACAGAGAAGUAGUCCUUACACCAGGAGAAGCUGAACGUGCCAGCAGAGUACUGUCAAGCGAAGCUGUUGCUUGUAAAUAGGGACUGGCGCAUGUGUCCAGCAGCAGCUCCACUUGGCCAAAGCUUCUCGGGGGAAAGCUGCUCAGAUUUUAUUGUCUUGUGUAAAUAGAAAUAUUUUUUUGAGGAAAAAAAAAAAAAGAAAAGAGCCUUAGUAUCUUGAAGAUAGCGUUUCUCAAUCAGCUCAGCUGGGGAUGGAUAUAUGGGAACCCACGGGAUCUGCCUGCUGGAGGCUGGCGUGGGCUCUUGCAGCCAAGCUCUGCCAUCACCGCAGGAGACACCUGAAGGAGGAUGGACCUGUCCUGCAGAGGAUUCAGCAGACAUUUCUCCCUAGUCCCUGUCAGCAGGGUGAACUCAUCGGUCCUAUGGUCUCCGCUGAUGUAAAUAAUCAGCUACAGCCCACAGAGGACUUGGACUGCUUGGUGCAGUUGUGGGAGGGGGGAGGGUGGGAUGGGCAGAAGUCAUCAGAGGGAUGCAAACCCCAUCAGCGUGGUGAUCCUCAGGCUUUUAGCAUUAGUUUAAAAAAAAAAAAAAAAGAAAAAAAGAAAAAAAUCCCAAACCCUGAAGGCUUAUUAAUGGCUUUGAGCCAACUGUUUGGCUGGGUAAAUGGAGGCAUGCCUAGACAUGUUCUGUGUCCAUGUCAGCCAGUGCCUGUCUGUGCAGUUCUCUGUCUGUGCAAACGCGUGUGCAAGGCUGUGUCUGGUUCAGGGGGCUGCCAGCCACUGCAGGUCCCUGUGUCUGUGUAGCUGUGUUCAUGAGAGAGGAGAGAAAAUGGAUGUGUGUGUUGUACUGCCCUUUAUCCACCCAAACACGUCCCAGGAGUCGUAGGUAACGCUGCUGGGUCCAGCUUCAGUAGCAGGAGUGCAGAGUAGUGUCCACACCUCUCCAGGGAAUGAGGCUUAUUUACUCUGAGUCUGUUCGGAUUCAUGCAGUGCAGGGAAAUUAGGAAAAGAGAAUGAAAUUAGAAAUUGAAAUUAGGAAAAAGCCCAUGCAUUAUAUUUUUGAAAGUUACCCCCAAUAACUUUCUCUGGACAUAGAAGUCUCUCUUCAGCUUAGCAUUUUGCAGGAAAGCAGUGCCAAGGUGAAGUGUCUUCCCCAUGAAAAAGCCAGAUAGCAUGAAACACUGUUUAGCACAGCACUGGGGCCAAAGCACCUUUAGCUUUGCAAGGAAUGGGCAGUGGGCAAUCAACAGAAAUUGGAAGCUGCCUCAAAUUCCUGAGGGAUUUGGGCAUCUAGAGGGGUAAUUUGCUUGCAGUGGCCCAAGGUGAGCUGCAGGGAGUCUUUUCCACUUGAAUACUUGAAUACCUCCUGUCAUCCAGCUGUGUGUGUUACCAUUAACACCUAACAACUGCCAGUGCCAAGUGAUUUAUAUAUUUAUCAGGACAUUUUUUAAUUUAUCAAACCAGUGCAUGGGAGGCACUGUGCUUUCAUCUGCCACAUGUGGACACCUCUUCCUUUGCCCACUUCUCUAGCCUUGUAUAGUGUCCCCAGGCAAGGUGACCAUCAUCUUGGGGAUGUGGUUUCCUCCCCAGUGAAGGCUGUUAAUCUUUUUUCCAGGGAGAAAAAUAGUGAAAGAUAUGAGUAACACACCCUGACUUUGUGCUGGAAAUGUGCUGAAAGUCAGCCAGUGUAUUAAGCAAAACAAGUAACUCCAAAAUGUUCCAAAGUUCACAAUCUUUCACAGAUAUGAGGAAAUAUAGAUACCAUUCUAAUGGUUUCUAGGGCCCUUAAAGGCAAUGCUAAAUCCUGAAGCCAAGGCUUCCUGACCCUGGGGAGGUUUGAGGUGCAGCAUGGGGAAAACUUAGGGGCAGCAAUUACAGGAAAGAAGAUAUUCCCUGGUUUUACUAGAUUGCAGGAAAGCAGAAAUCCCCUAGCUGGGUUGAGUGGUGGAUUUUUUUUCAUUGGAGCACUCACUAGUAGUUCUUCUUCCCAGAAAAUCCCAUCAUCCUGUACCUUAAACCCUUUAUGUCUAGAAGUUAGGAGUUAGGAGGCGUUUACAACAACCUUCAAAGUUUCUCUCUCUCUCCAACCCUAAAAGAGGCUGACACCCCACAACUGACAGUUGUGAAGAUGAGCCAGACCAACCCCAAGUCCUCAUAAAAAUGAUGAAUCCCAUCCACUGCAUCCAUAUUGACGUCACACAGGUCACACAUGGAGAUGAGCAGUGAGGAGGGGGAGGCAGAUAAUCACUGAAGAUUGCGUGAGGGAGGUGCUGUUACCAAACCCACCUGGCAGAGUUUUGAUUUAAUCCAGCCCUGAGUAAAUACUGAUUGACAUUUCACUCGCUUUCCUUAUCGUAACUGGACUUCCUUACUCCUCAGGCAUGGAAUGAAUCUUAAUACAUUGUAAUUACUGUACUCCUGGUGGUGAACCGGUAUGAAAAGCUAUCACAGAAAGCAUUAAUAAAAUGUACAUUAUGAAAAAGAACUCGGCAUUGUCUGAAAUUAAUAAUGCACCAGAUUUUUCUCAUCCACGCCUGCUCAUUACAGGCCUGCCCUUGAGUUUUCUAUUAAAAUGACUUAUUCAAACUACUUGUAUAGCUGUGUUCAGCGUGAAGUUAUCUGCUGUAGGUUUGCAUCCCAGUUAGAUGUACCGCAUGAGGACUUAUUAAUCUGUUAUAUCUUUCAGGCAUUGAUUUUGGUGACAUUUAUAUAACGCUGGUAUGACUGAAAUGAACUGAUUGAUUCAUGCGUAUGGAUUAGUUUGCCUAAGACUUUGAGGCGAGGUAGCUUUAUCAUGCACUGUAACGCCAGAAUUCAUCACUGUAUUAUUUACGAGAGACUGAACUGGCUGCAUCUCAACAACUGAAGAGAUCUUCACUGUUUUAUUUAUGUAUAAAUGUUUACUUAAUCAGCCGCCAAUUUUGUUUAGCAGAAUUUGUUCGCAAACGGAAAUUGUAAACGAUAACGUGGUUUCUAUUUUAAAAUUUACAGGCUUUCAUCUAUAGCAAAAUCCAAGAUUUCCAAAGUGUCUUUGUCUACUGGCAAUCAACAAGCUCUCUUGUAUAUGCUUUCUGGUAAUUGCAAUUAGCUGCUGCAAUAUUUCACAUAAAAAACAAUGCAACCCUAA